AUGAUUCCACUGCUCUUGCUAUACAGAAUUCCCAUGUUGAGGCAGUUCGAACGGUCUGGGUUGAGAUUGACUCGUCAAUUCACUUUUAGAAGCCUUUCUUCAGUAGGUCCAGUACGUGAUAGUCUCGACAGUGUUAAUAAUACAAAGAUUGUAACGGCUGAAAAGUUGCAUACUACUGGUUCUCCAUUCUCUGCUAGUGAAUUAGAAGCAGCUAGGUUAGCGAGAGAUGCGGCUAUUGGUAAACUCAAGUUCUUGCCGGAAAAAUGGAUACCGUAUGCUGAAUUGAUGAGAUUAGAAAAACCAGCAGGAACACUUUUCUUGUUGAUACCAUCCUUUUGGGGCAUAACCAUGGCUUCUUUUUCCAUAGGUGCGCCGUUUUUGACCUUCUUCUCUGCUGUGUCUUUGUUUUCCAUUGGUGCUGUCAUUAUGAGAGGUGCAGGUUGUACUAUCAAUGAUUUACUUGAUAGAAAUUUGGACAACAAAGUUGCAAGGACUAUGGAGAGACCAAUUACGAGUGGUAGAGUGUCUGUUCCCGAGGCAGUUGUAUUCCUUGCGGCUCAAUGCUUUAUUGGACUUGGUGUAUUGUUAUCAUUACCUUCAGAUUGUCUUCUUCUAGGUGCACUCUCACUUCCGUUCGUUGCUUCUUAUCCAUUGUUCAAAAGAUUCACGUACUAUCCUCAAGUGGUACUAUCGACAUGUUUUAGCUGGGGUUGUCUUUUGGGUUUUCCGGCGGUCGGUGCGCCAUUAGCUCUUUGGGUUUCAGUUCCUCUUUACAUAUCCAAUUGGAUUUGGUGUAUGACAUAUGAUACAGUGUAUGCCCAUCAAGAUAAAAAGUUUGAUGUGAAUGCAGGUAUUAAAUCAACGGCAUUGGCGUGGGGCGAUAAAACGAAACCUAUUACUUAUGGGCUCCUGACAUUGCAGGCGUCUGCCUUUGCAUUGUCUGGUUUCAUGAACGGUAUGGGUCCUGGAUUUUACAUUGGUGGAAUAUGGGGAUUUUACAGGCUCUUCCGUCAGCUUAAGGAAGUCAAUUUAGAUGAUCCUAAGAGCUGCUGGAAUUUCUUUACCGGAAACAUCAAUACUGGCUUUGUAUUUUGGUUCGGUAUGUUAUUUGACUACAUUUUAAAAUUGGGUGGAUUCUUAUAA